AGUAAAAGCAAUUCGGGCGAUCCUUCAACCCCGAUUGACUGUUUGGCUAGUGCUGAGCAUCCCCCGGUCACUCCUUCGGUCCCAUAGCCUCCCUUGCAAACGGCUUUAAUUCGUGCCCUAGUUCAUUAUUGGUGUUAUUACCUCGAGAUUUCUUUCUCUGGUACCUUAAAUCAGAUCUGUCUCCCUAAAUUAUUGUGAGUGAUAUCUAUCGAUCACGCUUGAUCCCUAAUUUUAUUUGGUGUAAAAUUUAAAUUUUUUUGUGUGCUGGUCAUCAUACAAAUCAGAGACGUUAUCUUCUCCAUCAGCUGUUGGUCAAUCCCCCCCUUAUACCCACUUUCAUCGUGCGUCAACCUUUAGGAAACCCCACCGCUCAUAUCCCUCCCCUCACACAUGCUCGAAUUAUGUCAGAGAACCAUACUCACAGAUCACACAAGCGACAGAAGUCGUCUACUCUGAGCAUAAAUUACUUUUUUCCCCCUGGGGUACCUCAGGGCCAAACCUCUCCAUUACAUGAACAGCAGCAGCAGCAGCAGCAACAACAACAACAACAACAACACCAACUACAACAGACACAAGUACAACGUCAACAAAUACAUCCGCAUUCAUCUCCCUCACACGCAUUUGCCGAGCCUAUCCGUCAUUCGACUGGGCAUUCUCCAAUUCAUGACACAUACGCUGCCCAAACCCCCUAUGCAUUCCCACCAGAGCCUACACAUGCUCUUGAUCCUCUGUCCGCACAUUCCUCACCAACGUUCACCAAUGCAUCGUAUCCACAACAUUUUGCGUAUCCUCAGGACCCGUCGGCUUACACAAUGCACCCGCCUGCCCCUAUCUAUAACCCCAAUGCUCCGGCAAUGACAGGUGGAUCAUUACCUGUCCCUGUGUCUGCAACAACUGGUACAGGAACCUCGUCGGGACAACACUCGCAUACUGCAUCUGCUGACUUCCAACAGCCUUCGUUUGCAUUUCCUAAACAUGCAUCUGCUCCGCUGAUACCAGUGGUAUCAGACUUUACUUAUCCUUCAUCGCCAGCAAGAAUUCUGCCCACCAAGCAACGCAUCCAGCAUUCUAAAAACAAUCUUUCAAUUUCUUCUCAUUUUAAUCUUUUCAACCUUAAGGAAGAGUAUGAUCCUAACAUUAGUAUUCUGCAAAGACUUGCACAACAACAACAACAACAACAACAACAACAGCCGUUACUCCAACAUCCGCAUCAACUUCAACAGCAAAGCCAGCCGCAACCUUCACAAGAACAACCACUCCAUCUGCACCUGCUGCACCUGCUGAUUCUGCUGCAACAACCAAUUCACCGUCAUCAACUGUCUCAUGAACUAUUACCACUGCCCAAUUUCUUUGGCUCGGGGUCUACAUUGUACCCGCCAUUGAAAUCGGACAUCGUACUGUCCUUACUUUCGCAACUCCCCAAUGUCGAUGGUAUGACUAUCAAUUCAUAUCUAUUGGAUAUAUUACAUAAGAUUCAAAAUCAAAUUCCAUUAGACGAAUUUUAUAACAUUCUUUAUAAUUCUGAAGAUGUUCUGAAUAAACUUGGUCAAGUGGAAAAAAUUGAUGAAACUGUAUACGCCUUGCCCAAUGUGGUUAACACUUCGUCUUACACCAUAUCUCUGGUGCUUGGUGUGUUUAAAAACCCUCAAUCUUUGGGUACAUUUGUCGCUAAUAUCAACCCUUCAGAGGUUAAACUUACCUCAGUGAAUUAUCAUGAACUUUUAAGAACGUUCUUGGCAGUGAAAAUUCUUUCUGAUAUUCUCAUUCAACUCCCGGAAUCUAGUGUUGAAUUGGAUCAUACCAUCCCAAGACUCUCAAUCUAUAAAACGUACUAUAUUAUCUGUCAGAAAUUAAUCUCUCUGUAUCCAUCCUCCUCGAACACUGUGAGUGAGCAACAGAAGAUUAUCCUUGGACAAUCUAAAUUGGGGAAACUUAUCAAAUUGGUGUACCCCAAUCUACGUAUUAAGCGGUUGGGUAGUCGUGGUGAAUCCAAAUAUAACUAUCUUGGGGUUGUAUGGAAUGACCAAAUAGUUCACGAAGACACCCGUCAACUUUGUGAAAAUAAUGAACUACCUGAUUUAACAAAUUAUUUCAUGCUGAAAAAGAUUAGAAUGGGUAAACAAACAAAGAGGAAGCCUUCUGGAGGGAGGGCAUCGAGAAAACGAACAGUAAGUGGUAACAAGCCCAUUGCGUCCCUCAUAGAAGGAACUUCUUCAAGCAUCAAUGCGGGAACAUUGCCAUUGGAUGACACUGGAGAUGUCACUAUUCCUUCCACGUUAUCAAGCUCCGCAACUGAUGUUACAUUCGCACCACAACUUUCAUUUAUUAAACCAUUCCUUAAGUUCCCCACCUUUGAAGACUUUCUGCUUGUGCCGGAAAGUGGUGAAAGUUGGUUUGAUAAUGUUGCAAGAGAACAAGCUGCAGUUUUAGAUAACGUAUUUUUAAUGGAUGAAGAAGAAGAAAUUACCUCGAUUAUUGAUAUGGUUCAAUCUAUAUUUAUUGAUGAGUUGGAAGCAAAUGAAAACUUAGAAUCGUCAUUAUUGACCAAUUUCUUGACGAGAAUUAUGGUCCCACACUCUGGUGGAGAAAAUAAUAUUCAUGAGAAUAUUGAUCUUCGUAUCUACCUUAUAGUAAUUGUCAAACUUCUUCCCUACUUGCUUCUAUUGACAUCUUCUGGAUCUGAUAAUCAUAGCAGUUUCUUACAGACCCUCCGAUCAAGCCUAAUCCAAUUUAUUAACAACUACACUGACAGCUUAUCGUCAUAUAACAUUCAAUUCCCACAUACGCAUGCCACCAUUUUCUGCAUUAUAUUGAAGAAACUCAUCAAUGUAAAUGAUUUACUUAUUACAUUUAUUAAAUUAAUAAUGAAAGAUGAAGGAUUUCCAAGUACUCGCUCAAGUAUGACAUUGGAUAUUCAGAAUUAUUUAAUAUCACCAUCACCAUCGCUUUCGUUUGAAAAUAAUGAAAUACGAUUUAAUUUUAAAGAAGAUAUAGUUCAAAAUGAUCUUAUUUUCAGUUUAAUGGGCUACAAUUAUAAUGCAGCCGAUAAGAGCUCAUCUGGUUCUGGUUCUGAUACACAAAGCUCGGCCGUAUCCUUGAAAUUUGUAAGAGAAGAAGCCAGUUUAAUUGAGAAAUUUUUCAAGGUAGAUCUCGUUGGUUUUCUUAGUGCAGAUCCGCUGGUUGCCUCCAGCCAGAUUGGAGAAGAAGCUGGUCUUAUCUGGACAAAUUUGUUGACCAAUCAAGAAUAUCGUACAGUGACGUCUUUAAUCCGCCUCUUGCAUGAUCGGUUACUUUCGGUUCAUUUUAAGUCAAGAUAUCCAAUUCUUGUUUACCACAAUUUCAUUAGUUGCAUUCUAAAUGAUUUACUCAAGCAUAUCUACUCAAAACAACAAUUACAACAACAAAUACAACUGCAGAGCAGUUUUGGUAAUUGGUGGGUGUUUAAUUCGUUUGUGGAGGAAUACAUCGGUCUUAUGGGAGAAAUUGUGGGGUUGUUUCAAUCUAUUUAAAAAGUUCUAGCAACUUCUACAUGGUGCAACAAAGAAUUUUGCUGUACCCUGAAUAUUUUUUUUUUUACGGUUUUCCCUCGUUUAAUUUGUUUUAUAUAUAUAUACCCAUUUUGCACUCUUAAAGUGCUUCCCAUUUAAUCAAGAACAAUCUUGCCUUAGUGUAACUAGGGUAAUUGCACAAUUUAAUACAAUACUUAUCAUUUUUGCCC